AUGCCGAGACUCUCCUUUCUGAAGAAGAAAAGGACGAGGGAGUCGUCGGGUUCCAAGGACAAGGACCUCACCUCUCCAACCUCGCCCGUGAGCGAGACGGCCACCACUACUCCCAUCACCCCGACUUCGUCUCAAGGUUUCAAGCCUUCGACUGCCUCUGCCGCCUCCUCUCAGUCCUCGUAUCAUCAAUCCCAGUCGGGCGCAAAUACCCAAGCGCAGCAAGAACCGCAACAGCAGUCGUCGACGUCAUCGUCCAAGCCUGACGGAUCCAUGAACAACCAUCAGUCAUUGAACCCCGCCGCCUUGCAACAGCAAGCGCAGCAACACGUGCCGACUGCUUCUCCUUUCUCAGGCGCUGCAGACGGCUCGCCAUCUCGGUCUCCGCAAAAUAUUCCGAGCAUCAAUAACCUCAUCAAUCCGCCCCAGCAAUUUGACGACCGAGGCCAGGCACCCCAGGCUCAAUUGCAUCCCAUACAGCAUCAAGCGCAACAGCAGCAGCAACAGCAAGCACAACAACAGCAACAGCAAGCGCCAAUGGACGGACAACAGCAUCAAUUUCAGCAUCAACAGCACUUGACUCCGCAAUCCGCCGCCGCCGGCAGCGUCGGCGGUGCCAAGCCGGCGGUGCGCACAACCAAGGGCAAAUAUAAUUUGGCUGAUUUUGACUUUCAGCGAACGCUGGGAACGGGCAGCUUUGGCCGUGUACAUAUGGUGCAAUCCAAGCACAACCAGCGGUUCUACGCGGUCAAGGUGUUGAAAAAGGCACAGGUGGUGAAGAUGAAGCAGGUGGAGCACACCAACGAUGAGCGACGGAUGCUGCAAAAGGUCAAGCAUCCAUUCCUGAUUACGCUGUGGGGCACUUUUCAAGAUUCCAAGAAUUUGUACAUGGUCAUGGACUUUAUCGAGGGUGGUGAGCUCUUUAGUCUCUUGCGCAAGUCUCAGCGUUUUCCCAACCCUGUGGCCAAGUUCUACGCCGCUGAAGUCACGCUUGCUCUCGACUAUCUCCACUCGAUGCACAUCAUCUACCGCGAUCUCAAACCCGAAAACCUGCUGCUCGACCGACACGGCCAUCUGAAGAUUACCGAUUUCGGUUUUGCCAAGGAGGUGCCAGACAUUACAUGGACGCUUUGCGGCACGCCCGACUAUCUUGCGCCUGAAGUGGUCGCGUCCAAGGGAUACAACAAGUCGGUUGACUGGUGGUCGCUUGGAAUUCUCAUUUUUGAAAUGCUGUGCGGCUUCACGCCCUUUUGGGACGGCGGUUCCCCGAUGAAAAUCUACGAAAACAUUCUCCGUGGUCGGGUCAAGUACCCGCCAUAUGUGCACCCAGACGCGCAGAAUCUGCUCCAGCAACUCAUCACGCCUGAUCUCACCAAGCGGCUGGGCAACCUGCACGGCGGGUCCAAGGAUGUCAUGCAGCACCCGUGGUUUGCAGAAGUCACCUGGGACCGGCUUGCUCGCAAGGAGAUUGACGCCCCAUAUGUGCCGCCGGUGCGCGGCGGCAUGGGCGAUGCCAGUCAAUUUGACAAGUAUCCUGAAGAGACUGAGCAAUACGGUCAAUCGGGAGAAGAUCCGUAUGCGCACAUGUUCACCGAGUUUUGA